AUUACGAUGCUCCUCUGUCAGAAGCAGGAGAUUAUACACCGAAGUACCAUCUUCUCAGAGAUCUCUUCAGCAAUUUCAACAAAGAAAUCCUCCCUGAGAUGCCUGGUCUGCGCUGGAAAGAACAAUAUGAGGCUGCUAUAUUAUUCCAGCAUCUUUCACUAUGGGAUGCUUUGCCAUUCACACAUGAGCCUUUUAGAGCUCAGUUCCCUGUUAAUAUGGAGAGUCUGCCGGUCAACAACGGAAACGGUCAGGCGUACGGAUACACGCUUUAUGAGACCAGCAUCACCCGAGGAGGCUCUUUAAAAUCAGGAGGAAACGUCCAAGACAGAGCUCUGGUGUUUGUGAACCAAAGUUUCAUCGGCAGUUUUCACCACAGGAAUUUGGAAUUAGCUGUACCUGAUGGAAAGGGGAAACGCACUCUGAGUCUUCUGGUGGAGAACUGUGGCCGUGUGCAUUCUGGUAAAGAAAUGGAUAACCAGCGCAAAGGAAUUGUUGGGGACAUUUUAUUAAACCGCACGCCACUUAGAGACUUCACCAUAUAUAGUCUGGAUAUGACCCCUGCCUUUAUUAACAGCUUGUACAGGGCGAACUGGAAGACUGUCCCUAGCAAACCGAGCUUCCCAGGCUUUUUCCAGGGCAGGUUAUUUGUGAAUGGAUAUCCCAGCGACACUUUCAUGAAGCUUCCGGGUUGGAGUAAAGGUGUAGUGUUUGUUAAUGGGCAAAACAUUGGCAGAUAUUGGGACGCUGGACCACAGCAAGCUCUGUUUCUACCAGGACCCUUCCUCAACAGUGGAAUGAACCAAGUGAUUGUGUUCGAAGAAGCAGAAGCGGAUUUAAAAACACAAUUCGAAGAUUCUCCUGAUCUGGGAAUGACGGUUGACAUUUAAUGAACACAUUUUAUGCAAAUCAUCUUAUGCAGGCACAGGACUGUACACUCGCAGGCAUAAACUCUAUUAAAGUGGCCAUAAAAGAAACACAACAAUAAAAUAAAUGGCACAGAUAAAUUGUUAAAGCAGUCAUAGCAAACUUGUAUUAAUAACAUGGCUUCACAUUCCAUGCCUUUUUAAACACAUUUUUAAAACAUUUUUAUGACAAAGUGCAGUCUAGCAGUUGACCGUGUGUGUAGUUUUGCAUUCAAAUGCUCGUUUUAACAGUAGUGAGUGUGUUUGCGUUUGUUAGCAUUGUAUUGUUUUGAUUGUCGCUCAUACUGUUUCUUGCUGGAAGUAGUGGUGGAGGUACAUUUUGAUGUAUUUUUAUAUGAACACUUUGACAGCUGCGCUGGCUAUUUAUAUUAAUAUUAGAGUGUCUACUGUAGAGACCAGCCUUAUCAUUUUGUUUUGCCUUCUGAGAAUAAAAAAAUGUUUAAAUUGAUUUAUGUCAAA